AUGAGGAGAGACAGCUGGUCUCCAAGCUUCUUCCAGGGCCUGGCCGAGGCGAGCACCUACUGCGGCGCCAUCUACGUUACCGGCCUUUGGUACAAGCCCGGCGAGGUCGCCAAAUGGAAUGCCUUCUUCACCGCUUCGGGGCAGGUUGGCUCGAUGCUUGCUGGAGUCACCUUGACCGCCAUCUAUGAGGGCAUGGACGGACAUGCAGGUCUGCAAGGCUGGCAAUGGGUUUCCAGUAUGUCAUGGCUCGCUUCCUUCUCCCCAAAUCCAAUUCCCCCUUCGCAUUGA